GCAGCACGGAGGAAGCGCGGGCUAAGCUCUGGGUAUGGCUCCGGCAGCGGCAGGCGGGGUCCCGCCGACUCUCCCUUCGGUGGGCUCGACGGCUGUCUGGCGAGGCAACGGCUCCGCUCUCGAUAAUGCCCAGGUUUUGGCAAGUUACGACUUACGAACUACACUGACAACUAAAAUUGAUGGCAGUGAUGGCAAGGCUGCUGAGCACCCAGAGUAUAUUGCUUUUGCAUUGGUUCCUGUUUUCUUCAUCAUGGGUCUCUUGGGGAUCCUCAUCUGUCAUGUCCUUAAGAAAAAAGGAUAUCGUUGUACAACAGAGGCUGAAGAACUAGAAGAAGAAAAACUUGAUGAAAAAAUAGAAAUGAAUGAAACUAUACAUGACAAUAGCGACACUGUGGGACAAAUUGUUAACUACAUUAUGAAAAAUGAAGCAAAUGCUGAUGUGUUAAAGGCCAUGGUAGCAGAUAGCAGUGUCUUUGAACCCGAAAGCCCUUUAUCUCCUACCUCUCCUGGGAGUCCAACGAGUCCAGGGUCUCCUUUGUCACCUGGUGCCGUUCCUUUCAAACAUAACUGCAAAGGCCACCACUUCCAUACUGUUGGAGGAGUAGUGGAAAAGGAUGUGUGCACUCGUUGUAGCCACAAACGGUGGCACCUUAUAAAGCCAGCUCACAAAUCUAAAGAGCUCACCAAUCUGAAGAGGAGAAGUCGUCUUGGAGAAGUGACGGUCCUUUCUGUGGGAAGGUUUAGGGUCACUAAAGUGGAGCACAAAUCGAAUUCCAAAGAACGGAAGAGCUUGAUGUCUGUCACUGGUGUGGAGAGUGUCAAUGGGGACAUGCCUGCCACACCUGUGAAACAAGAUGGAAGUGAAGCACCUGCUGGACCUGAGAAACAGGAGAUGCCAGAGAGGAGAAGCUCAGAGUAAACUGCAGGUGGAACUUGUAGAAGGAACUUGCCUGCUACACUUCGGAGACAACUGAAAGCUCCCAAGGGAUGCAUAUUAUUUAAGGAAAUGUAUUUAUGGCAGUGUAGCAUUUUACAAGUUCUGUGGUGGACUCCAUGCAAGGUUAAACACUUAAUGGUUUCUCACCAGUAAAAUCAGUAAGUUGUAAACACUCAAGUACUGUUGAGCUGUGUGGACCUCAUACCAAAUGCUGGUCUUCAUCUUGGAAAAUAAAACUCAAAUCAGGUUUUGGAGAGGAAAGGUAGAAGCCUUAUCAAAUAAUCCAAAGAUUUUGUACUUAGAGAAACAUUUGUAAUGAGCUCGAUGUUACAAGUAACAUGAUUACCCUGCAGAUAAACUGUGUUUACCCCUCAGGUCCAUCUGGAUAUUUCUCCUCUCUUCUUCCCCUCCAGAACUGACAAGUGUUGGCUGAAGAUAAAAAGCCAGCCUUUGGAAGAUGAAAGUAUUCUUUUAAUCUUACUGCUAGUAGCCAAGCAAAAUAUACAAGGACAUAAUUAUGGCAGCCAAAGUCUGCAUGUGUGCCUCUAGUACAUAAAUGCUCGGACUUUGUGAAGGCUACCUCACAGUACAGAGUGGUUCAGCUGUAUGCAGGUGUUAAAUAACUUUGUCUUCCCCACUUCCCCUUUACUGCUUAACAUAUGCCAAGGAACAUCUUUUUCUGUGCAUCUGGGUGAGCUCUUGGAAACUCAUUUUCCUCAAGGCCACUUUUUCUCCCCUUUCGUUGUGACUAAUCAUUUGUGU